ACAUUUGAAUGCAUUGCAAAUGAGCGCCAAUUCAAUGAUCACAUGAUUGAUGACAACAACACGUGUUGACUAUAACUUAGUUUCUGAUGAAGUGAUGGCCAAAAACAACAAACGAAGAUAUUUACAGCAAAAGCGAAACAAAUUUGAAGACAAAAACAAACAAUCAAAGAGUGUCACUACAAAUGUGUUUGAAUUUCACAGAAAUAAAGUUAAACACAAUGUCAUCGGCAGAAAGUUAACCAAAUAUGAGUUGUCCAACAAAGCUGUGUCCAGACAUCGAUCGUAUGACAAGAGGAAGAAUACCAUUCUUCAAGAAUACAAAUCAAAGCAUAAGAGUGGUAAAGGUUUACAGGAUUUAAGAAACAAUGACGACAGACGUUUGGAUCAAAACAUUGAGUUGUCUUACAAUGAAAACACUGUUUUGACGCAUAAAGGAAAACAUUUGAAUGAUUUCAUCGAUGAUAUUAUUGAUGAAGACGAAGAUGAAGACAUCGAUCUUUUAAGUCGACCAGACUUUGUUGAAGUAUCACAUUUUGGUGGCGGAGAACAUGGCAUUCCAAAGUCAACGACCGAAAUAUUGGAUCAAAUUAAAGAUGAAAAGAAACAAAAACAGAUGGAAAGAGCCGCUAAUAUUGAGUUGACUAACAAAUUGGAUGACGACUGGAGUCAUGUGAAGAAUAUUUUAAGACACAAAUCGGUUAAACAUGAAGUGACUGAUAAUAAACACGAAGAUUUUGAUGUAUUACUAAAAGAACUUAUGUUUAAUCCAAAUAAAGGCAUUGAAUCUGAAAACAGAAUCCGAAAACCCGUUCUCACAACUAUUGAUUCAAAUGAUAUGAAUCAGUCUAAUCAUAAAAGUAUUGAAAAUCAGUUGAAAGAGUUGUUUGAAAAGAUUAAUAAUGAGAACAAUUGGACACAAAUGCUAUAUUUAAUUAAGACUUCUAACGAUCUCUUAAAACAAUUAUCUGACGAUUGUUUAAGCAUUUUAUCUGAGAAAUUGGCGACAAUUGUUGAAAGAAAGUCUGUAUUUAAUAUUCAUAAUUUAGCACUUCUUAUAGUUGGAACUCAUUUUAAAGAAACAAAACUAAUUGUUAAAUUGAUUUUAAAUCAAAUGUUAUCACAAAUGAAGUACAAUUCACUUAAUGAUAUUGCAAUUAAUUUGAUGAUUAUUAGACUUUUAAUGAUUACUUCAAAUUCAGCAUUUAUUCCUCAAAUGUUUAACUCCAUCUCAAAUAUAAUUCAAUUAUCUUUAGGAAAUGAGUCGUCAGAAGUAAUUAUUAAAAAUAAAAAGUUAAGACCUGUUCUUAAUAUUAAUGAAUUGCCGAUUGAAGAAAAGUCUUUAGAUUUCGAUAUAAAAUAUAUUUUUGAUGAAACAUUUAAUUCAAAUAUAUUUAAUGAAAAACAAAUGAAAUCAAUGCUUAUUUCGGAAGCACUUAAAUGUAUGGAUCAAAUAAUUGAUUUAUAUUCAACACUUCCAUCAUAUAAUGAAUUAACAAAUUGUUUAAAGACAUCAUUGAAUGAUUUAAUAGAAAAUAAUUAUUUGAAUAAUGAUAUAAAAGAGUUAGUGAAUAGAUUAGUAUCUAAAUUAAACAGACAAUUACCUAAAGAAGUAAUGACAUCGAAAAAACGGAAACCAUUUAUGUUACCAAUGCUUGAACCAAAGUUUGACGACUCUUCUAACAAUAAGGAGAAGAAGGAUAUGAAGAAGAAACUAACGAAGAAAUACAAGAGAGAACUCAAAGGCGCUCAAAGAGAGUUGAAAAAGGAUUCAACUUUUAUGAGAAAUACUUGGAUUCAAGAGAUUCAAGAUAAUGACGAACUAAGAAAACGUAAAGUCAAACAACUGUUUGGUGAACUAACUCAACAGCAAAGUCUUUACAAGAAAAAGAAAUAGUGAUAACUAAUUGAUUAAUACUUUUAAUAUUA